ACCAAUGAGAAACGGCGUUGUUUAGGUAGGCACAGUGGUCCUGUUUGAGUUUGAAAGCUAGCUAGCGUCCGCUAAGUUACGCUGCGUCUGUUGGAAAGAUGUCGUCUAAGCGAAGUAUUGGGGACUCAGAGUACCUGAAGAAGAGAAUCCCUCAGAACCCCAAAUAUCAACAUGUAAAAUCAAGACUCGAUACAGGUUUGAGCCUGACAAAGUACAUGGAACGACUGGAGGAGAUCAAGAGGAAUUACAGAUAUAAAAAAGACGAGCUGUUUAAGAGGCUCAAAGUGACGACGUUUGCUCAGCUGGUGCUGCAAGUGGCUUCAGUGUCAGAUCUGAACGAGAGCAUCAUGGAUGAAGUGCCUAAACUUGAAGAUGUUGUUUCAGACUUGGCAGAAGGAGACCAUCUUUCGGACCAGACCGACGGUUCUCCUCACCCCAGCCCUCAACCCGUCAAACUUACUGACAGCAACGAGUCGAGCGACACUGCGUUCUCCCCCAGAUCCACGCUUCAGAGUGUGAUCAGUGGUGUAGGAGAGCUGGAUCUGGACAAGGACGGGCCGCGGAGCGUGAACCUGACUCCUCUGAGUUCUCCAUGUGCUGCAGAGCGUCCGUACCCAGACUGCCCUUACCUGCUGCUGGACGUCCGAGACAGAGACCUGUACGAUCAGUGCCACAUCAUCAGCGCACACAAUUAUCCCAUUGCAACUCUCGCGAGGACGAUGAAUCCCUACACCAAGGAAGUUCUCAAUUACAGAAAUGUUCAGGGAAAGAUCAUCAUCUUGUACGACGAGGAUGAGAGGAUAGCCAGCCAGGCGGCUACGACCAUGUGCGAGAGAGGCUUCGAGAACCUCUUCAUGCUCUCUGGAGGCUUGAAGGUGAUAGCGCAGAAGUUUCCGGAAGGAAUGACCACCGGCUCUUUUCCCGUCGCCUGUCUUCCGUCUCCGACGGGACCCUCGGGUCGGAAGCACGCCGCGCUCCGCCAGACGGCACAGCCAGCAGAGAACAAAUGGCGUUUCACCUCUGAAGACCUCAACAAGAUCCAGUACUACCUGGAGGAGGUGCUGAUACCCAGCGAGAGCAGCAGUCGUCUGAGCAGCAGGAUGUCCACCAGCAGUGCUAACUCUAAAGUAUCCAGCGCCCGGAGCAGUCGACUCGGCUCGGGGAGUACCAGGUCACAGAGCAGUCGGCCCUGGAAAUAACCCCUCAUCAUCAUCCUCCUCAUCCUCCUCAUCCUCCUCCUCAUCAUCAUCAUCCUCAUCACCACUCAGUGAUGGGCUCCUGAUGUACACUUCUACACACUGCUGGCCUUAAUAUAGUCUAGCUGUAGAUGUGAUCUCAGUUAUCACACAGUGAAAGCUUUUAAUCAGUUGUUGAUCAUCUGUGAUAUUUCCUCAAAUGAAGACUUGCCACUUACGUCGUUUUAUGCUGUUAGUUAUAUUUUGAACGUGUAAAGAAUCGGCACAGUUCUGCUGCAUUUUACUCAAAUGAAUAGCGUGAAAUGAGUCUUUCCUGCGACGGCUAUAAAUAGAGACACUGCAGUGUUUUUCGGCCCAAUCUCUGUCCACUGCAUACGUAGUGUGUGUGUGACAGAUUACUACAGACGAAUCCGUCAACACGUUGCCCCGUACUGUACUGAGAAACGAACAGAAAGCGAAUCUUUUCAGUGAGUCAGAACAUUUGGUUCAGCUCAACAAUAAGAGUCGACUCUUUCAGCUCACUGCCAUUUUUUUUCUUUUAAAAUGGACAAAGUUUGCGAUAUUUUGACCAGUGAUCUUACUCUAACCUUCUAAUUAACAGAAUAACAUUACUUUUACAUUUUACAAAAUAAUUCUUAACCGAAACGUGACUUGAUAAAUACAGUAAGCAUGGCUGCAUUCAUUUUUCCACUGAAGCAUUUUGAUUGCAUUACACAGCCUGUAUCUACAAAAGAAAGAAAGAAAGAAAGAAAAAGAAAAAAAGCUUGCAUAUGUGAGUCAGCACUCAACGUUCACUUAAAAGAGUCGACUCAAAGCGUCGACUCAUUUUCAAACGAUACAUCAAGACUUCACGUUAAAAAAGAUCCAAACAUUGUUGAACUUUGUUCUCAAAUGUUUAAAAUAAACAGCCAUUACACUGUAAUAAAGAUUUCAGGAUGAGACAAACAACAGAGUUUUAAUAAAGCUCUUGCCGUUUUAUCCAACAUUCCAACACUGGAUCAAUACAGCAAACAUUUUUUUCAGUUCCGUACAUUUUCCUUAAGGUUUUUAGGGUUACUUUAAGCUAGCAGUAUUAGCCGUGUCAGUUUGAGUGUUGUUUUUUUCCAGCAGUUUUCUAAGAAGUCCUCGUCUUCAGAGAACUCGAAAACUUGUAAACGACUGCUUAACGAUAGCUGCACGAUUUCUGUAGUGUGAAACGGAAAACGGUCGUUGAACUACAUUAACCGUAUAAUGAUCGUUACUACGUGCUGCUCGGUUGAACUAAAAAUGCACAAAAUAGUUUACUGUGAAAGUAUAGAUUUCUACCACAGCAAUGUUUAAUUCUUGAUUCAGAAGAAUUUGCUACAGCAGCAGCAGCAGCUCUGACACUGACGUAGUUUAGUUAACCGUUAUGGAAGUUUUUCGCUCUUUUCGUACUUAGAAAUGUUGCAGUUGUAAUCGAUCACGCUGAACGCAUGCGGUAGAGAAAGAUUGUAAUGAGAAACACUGGAGUUUUCAUUUCAACCUGAUCAUUAAAUCCUAAAGGAGUGACUGAUUCAUAUUUAUAGUAAUGUUAAUGUUAAAUAGGAACGCAUGCUGUACUGCUUAAAGUGGCUUGAUGGUGCUUUUUCGUGAUGCUCCAUGCCUUAUCACUAAGAUGCGACAUGUGACUUAUUUAAAUCUUAAUGUGGUGUGCAAAUUGCGAGCAUGGCAUAAAAACACACGUCUGUACGUGUCUUAAUCGGCUUAUUUUGAUCACCAUGUGUGCCAGUGAGAUUUACAGUGAGCUGUACACUAACUCGUACCUCAUACACACCUAGAGCAGGAUGGCUUAAAUACAGCAUCUAAUCUAAAAAUAUAAAACAGAGAAUGCACGCUUAUAUGUUACAGAAGGUAAGAAAUUCAGCAUUUUGUUGUUGUUUUUUUUUUGCCUGUAAUGGUCGACUUUUUCGACUCGCAAGGUCACUUAGUAUUGCUUUAUGUUUCUGUUCUCGUUACAGCUUGUGAAAACGAAAAAGAAAUGAAGGAAGACAAAGUGCAUUUACUGUAUCUGUUCUGUGAAAGUGCACUAUGAAGCCCUGGUGUGUGUGUGUGUGUGUGUGUGUGUGUGUGUGUGUGUGUGCUCUUUCAUUUCUACAGUGCUCAAUGGUGGAUCUCAGUAACACUAACACUCAGUUUCACUUCCUCGUUUAAACAAUCAGUGACAAUUUUAUGAACACAAACUACCUGGUGUGAUGUUUUUGUAUAUUUAAUGUUGAAUAAAGAAAUAUUUUGUACAGUAAAUGAAUUUUUAUUAGGUGUGUACAAACAGAAUUUCUGCAGAACCAUAUUUAUCCUCUAUUAAUGUUUAAAACUGUUAGAUAAUAUGGAUUUUUCCUUCAGAGGAUGACAGACUGUCUCUUGGACCCUUCUUCACGAGUGUGAGACGGAUAAACGGAUCGGGUCAGCAGUGUUUAGAGUCGCUGUACCCAUCUGUGGUGGUGAAGCAGGAGCUCGUUUUUUUUUUUUUUUGGAUGAAGCUCUCUGUUUACUUAUCAGUCUUCUUCCUUGUCCUCACCUUUAUUCAUGAGCUGUAGGUAAUGACCAUAAGAAUAAGGCUACAGAAAUGAGGAUCCUCCACAGAAUUGCUUGUAUUACUCUCCAUAAUAGUGUGAGGAGCUCAGAAAUCCGAGUUAUCCUCAGAGUAGAUCCGCUUCAACCAGUUGAGGUAGUUUGGGCACUUUAUAAGGACACCCUCUGAUGUAUCAAACACAUCUGUCUAGACGGGGGAACCCAGGGCAGACCUAGGAUUAUAUCUCACAGUUGGCUUGGGAACACCUGAAGAUCCACCAGGAGGAGAUGGAAACUGUGGGGGUAUUAAAGAAGACUGGACCAUAGAGGUAAAGAUAGAGAGUGCGCACUGGUCACUUUCAUUCGUUGAGAGCCAGUGCCAUUCCCAUAACAUGAAUUGUCUGCACUUGUGAAAUGCCCAGUAGACCAAUAGCACAGGAUCGCAAGGACUGACACAGGUCACGAUAUAACCAUUAAAAAGAGCUCUUCACUAGAUUUCAGCCUGUUCGACUCUGCGAUCUACUUUGCCCAUGAAACAGAGUUUCGGCACUUUAGCCGACUUUGGAGCUCUAUUUCUGGCUAAAAUGACACCUCAUGCAUUGGUUCUAAGCUCAUUAUGUUUCGAUCGAUCAUUUUCAAAGUCCACAGGUCAUACACUUUAUUUAUUCAAUCAAUCAAAUUUUUUGGAGAACCAGACAGGGAACUCGGUGCACUCUCCUGGGCUUGCUCUCUCGCUUCAUCAUCGUUGUAAAUGAUUGCUUGUGGACAGGUCCUCAGCAGUAGCUACCAUUUCUAGUGCUAUUUUGAAGCUGUUACAAUAUACAAGUAUACAAUUUUUAUGUAGCGUGUACGCUGCCAGCUGUCUAUACUGAUAUAGGUUAUUUUGGUCCCCUAUAAUGACAACACCAUGACGAAACAAAUUGUAUAAUAGACAACUGCAGAAGUGCGCUCUCACUAUAUUUCAACUCAUAACGACCCCCACCAGGAAAAGUGGAAAGAAAAUGAAAAAAAUGAACGAAUGUUUGGUAUGUAUGUAUGUAUGUAUGUAUAUAAGGUCCUCUGUGUGGAUGUAAUGGUUUCUCGCAUGACAUGAUUUCACAU